AUAGAAUACCGGUAAGGCUCGUCCAUGCAAGGCACUGUCGGCAUAAAAUAAUGAUAUUCCUGCUUCCAACGUCGUACCUCUGCAUAUCAAUUUGGCGAGGUCGAUCUAAAUUUAUUCUCUGAAAGGUUGGGCGAAACAAAACUUCAAAGUAUGCACACCAUUUCCAGAUUGCGAUUCUUCCUUCAUCAUGCUGCCGUGUUCAGCUUGAUUUUCUUAUGCCUUCAUACCGUGGUAUGCCUCCAAUCGAUAUCGUCAAAAAGCAGACGAAAAGUUUUGGAAACUAUGUCAAAAAGUGUUUUGACGAUAUCCUCUGCCAGCACCAUCUUAGUAGGUGAUCCAAUUGUGGGGUAUUCACUCACACCGAAAGAGGCAGAAAUUGCGUACGAUUCAUAUGCGGCAAACUACGACGAACUCGACGGAGGGAAGGCGGCAGAUAUUUUUGGUCUCGACGAAGCCCGUUCCGCCUUGUUUCGUCAGGCGCGUGGCUCCGUCCUCGAGAUUGGUGUCGGUACCGGCCUUAAUUUAGAAAAGUACGACCCGUCCAAGUUGGAAUCGCUGACCCUAGUUGAUAUCAGCCGAGGCAUGCUUGGAGAAGCACAGAAGAGAUUUGAAGCUAUUCCAGCAUUGCAACGUGUUCCCGUUCGCUUCAUCCAAGCAGAUGCAACAUCGGGAUUGACUGUACGAUUUGGAGAUGGCUCAUUCGAUACCGUUGUCGAUAGUUUUUCUUUUUGCGUCAUGGGAUCAAAGGGUGCUCAGUCGUGUUUGGAACAAGUAAAAAAUGUAGUCAAGUCCAAGGAGAACAAUGGCCAAAUCUUGCUUUUGGAAAACACGCGUUCGUCCAACCCGUUGCUUGGACUUUAUCAAGAUGCGACUGCAGAAGCAGCAGCAUCUGCGGGUGGGAAAGGAUGUCUUUACAAUCAGGAUGUCUCAAAAAUGAUUCAAGCAACUAAUGGAAUAGAAAUAAUGAAGGAAACCUCGUUUGCUGGUGGCGUCUUCCGUUCUUAUUUUUGCCAAGUCGUUACUUGAUUCGUUGGAAACUUCGAUGCGCACAAACAAACGUGAGGUACGUACUCGUUUUCGAAUUAACAAUUUUAACACAA